AUGAGCCAGUCUAAUUCCACAACCGUGCUGCCCUUUCUGAGCACGCUGUGGCAGGAGGCGGCUGAGCAGGGCAGCGACGGGCUAGGCCUGGCUCGAAGGUCUCAGCCCCGAGACGACAGCAAGUUGGAGGCGCUCUACAUCCUCAUGGUGCUCGGCUUCUUUGGCUUCUUCACCCUGGGCAUCAUGCUGAGCUACAUCCGAUCCAAGAAGCUGGAGCACUCCCACGACCCGUACAACGUGUACAUCGAGUCGGAUGCCUGGCAGGAGAAAGACAAGGCGGUCUUCCAGGCCCGAGUGCUGGAGAGCUGCAGGGCUUGCUACGUCAUUGAAAACCAGGUGGCCGUCGAGCAGCCUGCCACACACCUUCCUGAGCUGAGGCCGUUGUCAUGA